CGCAACCCAACCUUUUCCCAUAGCGGUGGACCGGAACUGACAGCAGCUCCGUACAGUACAGAGAACAGACGCGCAAAGGCGUUGCUCAGCAACGCGUUCAGACGUUUCCAGGUCUGAGUUCCAAAGGACAUGGAAGUUAGCACAGAGGGAUUAAAAGAGGACCUGUCACUUUUCAAACAUAUGCAUAUACUGUUUGCAAUUCGAUUAAACAGACCAGCAGUUAAGAGAGAGAUUUUAAAGUUGUACAUAACCUUAUUUAUUCUUACUUCGAAAAUAGCCUGACUGGAAAGCGCCAUUUUGAAUAAAGAGCAGUAAAAUCUUCCGUCCUCGCUCCUCUGAGGCUGAAAUCCCGCGCAUGCGCACUGACCAGAAGAUCCUUAUCAGGAAGAAAGGAGCAGAGCAAGUAAAAGCAUCUUGCGCCGUCUUCUACAUUCCAAAGCAUCGCUGCUCUACUUCCGCAUUCCCCAAGAAUUACAAGAAUCCAAAGACACUGUUUAUCUUGGCUGUCGGGGGAAGGUCCGCUUCUGCCAGACAACUGCUUUAUUGUUCGCUUCUUCUGUGCAUCGUUCAGGAUACAGAGACCAUGGAAUGUGUGGAACCUUCUACAUCAUCUGAUAUUCCACUCUCAAGAGAAGGAAAGAUGGCUUACAUUGAUGCUCAGCUAAGGGCUAAGCAUGGGGAUGGUAAAGAUGAACCAUGCUUCCCUCAAAAUCCUAGGAGGUUAGCUUCAGAUCAGAAUUCUGAAAACUCUGCAGUGCAACCCUCCCCUAGAAUUGGCAACACUGACUGGUGCAUAUGUGACAACUGUGUGGCAAUGCCAACCGAUCUUGAAUCAAAGUGCUGCAAAGAAAUCGACAAUAUUAUUAAUGUCACGGAUGAGGAAUUUUCAUGCAUUUUACAACAUCCUUUUUUUUAUGAUUAUUGCCAACACAGAGAAAGGAUAGAAAUAAACCUAAAAAUGAUCGGUCAGCAAAGGCAUCCACCUAAUGUCCGAGACCUUAACCGAUUACUACGGAAAACAGCAUACAAAGGUUUUUCAGCCUGGAUUCAUGGGUAUCUAGGAAAAGGAGUUCGGAGACCUAUUCCGUCCUGUGCUGUAAAGGUCAUCAGGGACAAAUUCCCAGAUCCUGAGGAAUUAUAUAUGGGAUUCCGACAACACCAGGAUUACCCUGCUGAAUAUAUGGCCCUUGAUUAAAUAUUUUGAAAUCAAAUGUGUUUUGCAACCUUAUAUUACUUGUUGACCAGUUAUAUUACAAUAUAAAAAAUAACAUACAUA